CUGUGGUCUCCCCCCAGAGCCAAUGGCCCCAAGGGGCACACCAGCUCCGGGCCCCCACAGCCCCAUCUCUGCCUCCCUGGAGGAUGUGGAUCUCUGGACCGAGUUCUAUCGGGUUGGCACAGAGAUGGUCAUCACCAAAUCUGGCAGACGAAUGUUCCCCCAGUGCAAAAUCAGGCUCUCUGGCUUGGUCCCUUACCUCAAGUACGUGGUACUGGCCGACUUUGUGUCUGUGGACAACUUCCGGUAUAAGUGGGCCAAAGACCAGUGGGAAGUGGCGGGCAAGGCUGAGCCUCAGCUCCCUGGCCGCUCCUACAUCCACCCAGACUCGCCGGCCUAUGGCAGCCACUGGAUGAAGGAGCCCGUGUCCUUCCACAAAAUGAAGCUCACCAACAACACGCUGGACCAGCACGGCCACAUCAUUCUCCAUUCCAUGCACCGCUACCAGCCCCGCUUCCUCGUGGCCCAGGCUGAUGACCUCUUCAAUGUCUGCUGGAAUCUCUUCCAAGUCUUUAGCUUCCCCCAGACGGUCUUCAUCUCCGUCACGGCCUACCAGAAUGAGCAGAUCACGAAGCUCAAGAUCGACAACAAUCCCUUUGCAAAAGGAUUCCGGGAACAAGGGAGGAAGCCGAGGAGGGCCCUCAGAUUCAGCCCAGGCCGGGGCCUGACGAAGGAGCGGCUCAGGGAGCUUGUGUCCAGCCCGGAGCCAGAGCGGUCUGGUCUGACUAAGGAGGACGCUGCGGACCAGGCUGAGGCCAGGGGAGGCUCCGGGCCGGUCAGCAGCAGCAGGUUCUCCCCACUCUGGGGGCCCCGGGAGCUGAACCAGACAGAGGGGCCACCAGGAGAAGCAGCGGGGACCAGCCCUGGCCCUUACCCCGUGUACAGGUUCCAGGACUUCAGCCCCGGCCUGUGGGAAGCGGUUCCUGGCAGCGAUGGGCGGCCCAGGCCGGAGCCAGAGGUCCGUCUCCCCCCGCACGGUCCCCCGUACCCGGCGUACGGCCCGGAGGCCGGGCCCGGCCCGUGGCUGGUCCCUGCCCUGGACGGCGCUGCCCCCGGGGCCUCCGCAGACUGGGCCCAGCGCCCCAUCCUGUCCUACGCGUGCUGGUGAGCGCCGGCCCCAGCGAGGCCUGCCUGGGGGGGGGUGCUCUGCCGAGGCCCCCCUCCCCCUCUCCUCCCUGGGCGGGGCUGGUGGGCAGAGCCGGGCCGGGCAGCCCCCCUCCUCCUCCUCCGCCCCCGCCACUUGUAGCUGAUAAUAAAAACUGUCCUGUCCGGCGGA